GUGGAGAAAGCUCAGAAUUCCAGGUCCUGCUGUCCUGCGUUCGGGAUUUGCUCACACGUGGCCAGCCCGCGCCCAACGCUCGCCUGAUGCCCAGCGUCCGCCCUGGCGUCGCCCUCCUGGCGGUCCUGGCGUUGGGUGGUUUCUUCGUCCUGCUCGGGUGCUGUGUCUACCUGGACCGGAGGCGGCGAAGAGACCCCGCAUUCCGGCGCUGCCUGCGGGACAAGAGAAGAGCUGCAAAGCGCAAGGCCGAAGCACCAGCCAGGCAGUCAUGGGAUCUACCAAAGGACAAACUACAAGAAUUUUUUUUGCAAGAGGUGCAGAUGGGAAAACUUUGUUUAGGUAGAGGGGAAAGUAGAAUGGGGGUUGAACAUCUCACCAAUGCCCUUUUAGUGUGUGGGCAACCGAAGGAGCUUCUGGCACAUUUCAAACAAACACUCCCUCCUGAGGUAUUUGAGAUGCUAUUGUACAAAAUUCCCCUUAUUUGCCAGGUGAGCAUGUAUUUAAUUGUCCUUCUGAAACAUAUACAGUAAAUAGCCAUGGGGAACUUGAUUACAGAGAAAUACUGACUCUGCAUGUAGACCCUCUAAAGUUCUUAAGUUCUUAUUUCUGGUUCUAGUCUUUCCUUCAGGUAAGCCCAGCCUAUUUUCCGAGUUCUGCUACUGUGAAUAGUGGGCUCUGUGACUGUUUUAACAUUUCAAUUUUAAAGCAG